CCCUCGCUCUAGUUCAAAGAGAGAGACUGGGUUCUAAUAGGUUUGAAGGCACGCUUUCGUCGAAGUUACGUUCUCUUUUAGAAUUGUUUUGAGUUAACGGCGAAAUCAAGGCUUAAAUCGCCAAACAUAGUUCUAAAUCUUGGUUUCCGCCAAAAUGGCGGCCUACGGACACCAAUCCAUGUCACUCAUGGAGGAAAAGUUGCAGGAAAAAGCUCGCAAAUGGCAGCAACUGCAGUCCAAACGCUAUAGCGAGAAGCGAAAGUUUGGGUUUGUGGAGGCACAAAAGGAAGACAUGCCUCCAGAGCAUGUUAGAAAGAUCAUCAGAGACCAUGGUGACAUGACUAGCCGCAAGUACCGCCACGACAAGAGGGUGUACCUGGGGGCCUUAAAGUAUAUGCCGCAUGCUGUGCUCAAGCUACUAGAGAACAUGCCAAUGCCAUGGGAGCAGAUCCGUGAUGUCAAAGUUCUCUACCAUAUCACUGGAGCAAUCACCUUUGUCAAUGAGAUUCCAUGGGUAGUUGAGCCAGUGUAUAUGGCACAAUGGGGAACAAUGUGGAUUAUGAUGAGGCGCGAGAAAAGAGAUCGCCGUCACUUCAAGCGCAUGCGCUUCCCUCCCUUUGAUGACGAGGAGCCCCCACUAGAUUAUGCAGAUAAUAUUCUGGAUGUAGAGCCUCUGGAGCCAAUACAGAUAGAGCUGGAUGAUGAGGAGGAUGGGCCUGUGUGUGAAUGGUUCUAUGAGCACAAGGCGCUAACUGACACUCCGUUUGUCAAUGGUACAUCCUACAGACGAUGGCACUUCUCUCUACCCGUCAUGGCCACGCUCUAUCGGCUUGGCAAUCAGCUCCUGACAGACCUUGUUGAUGACAACUACUUCUACCUCUUUGACCUCAAGGCCUUUUUCACAGCCAAGGCACUGAAUGUCUGCAUUCCUGGAGGCCCAAAGUUUGAGCCCCUGGUCCGGGACGUCAGCACUCAGGAUGAAGAUUGGAAUGAAUUCAAUGACAUCAACAAGAUCAUUAUCCGCCAGCCAGUCCGGACAGAGUACAGAAUUGCCUUUCCUUAUCUUUACAACAGUUUGCCGUACAAAGUACACCUACCCUGGUAUCAUUACCCCUCUGUGGUUUACAUCAAGACUGAGGACCCAGAUCUCCCCGCAUUCUACUUUGAUCCAUUGAUUAACCCUAUCUCCCACAGACAUGCUGUCAAGUCGGCAGAGCCUCUCCCUCUCGAGGAUGACGCCUUUGAGUUACCUGAGGAAAUCCAACCAUUCCUUCAGGAUAGGCCUCUAUACACCGAUAACACAGCCAAUGGCAUCGCACUGCUCUGGGGACCACGCCCAUUCAACAUCAGGUCUGGGCGCACCCGGCGUGCUUUGGACAUUCCACUUGUUAAAUCAUGGUACAGAGAACACUGCCCUUCUGGGCACCCAGUGAAGGUCCGGGUAUCUUACCAGAAGCUCCUCAAGUGUUAUGUCUUGAAUGCUCUCAAGCACAGACCACCAAAAGCACAGAAGAAACGCUACCUCUUCAGAUCCUUCAAAUCAACCAAGUUCUUCCAGUCAACAACCCUAGACUGGGUAGAGGCGGGACUUCAGGUCUGCCGCCAGGGCUACAACAUGCUCAAUUUGUUAAUCCAUCGUAAAAAUCUGAACUAUCUUCAUUUGGACUACAACUUCAAUCUGAAGCCUGUCAAGACGCUGACUACUAAGGAGCGUAAGAAGUCUAGGUUCGGUAAUGCCUUCCACUUGUGCCGUGAGAUCCUCAGGUUGACCAAGUUGAUUGUGGACUCCCAUGUGCAGUACAGAUUGGGAAAUGUAGAUGCCUUCCAGUUGGCAGAUGGUUUGCAAUACAUUUUUGCGCAUGUUGGUCAGCUGACAGGAAUGUACAGAUACAAGUACAAGCUGAUGAGACAGAUCAGGAUGUGCAAGGACCUUAAGCAUCUCAUCUACUACAGAUUCAACACUGGUGCAGUUGGGAAGGGUCCCGGGUGUGGUUUCUGGGCACCGGGCUGGAGGGUUUGGCUAUUCUUCCUUCGUGGGAUUGUUCCCCUGCUUGAGCGCUGGCUUGGUAACCUGCUAGCUCGUCAGUUUGAGGGCCGUCAUUCCAAAGGCGUGGCUAAGACAGUCACAAAGCAGCGUGUGGAGAGUCACUAUGACCUUGAGCUGCGUGCGGCUGUGAUGCACGAUAUCUUGGACAUGAUGCCAGAGGGGAUAAAGCAGAACAAAGCCCGAACUAUUCUACAGCAUCUGAGUGAGGCCUGGAGGUGCUGGAAGGCCAACAUUCCCUGGAAGGUACCCGGCCUCCCGACCCCUGUCGAGAACAUGAUCCUGCGCUACGUGAAGGCAAAGGCCGACUGGUGGACCAACACUGCACAUUACAACAGGGAGCGUAUUCGUCGAGGUGCUACUGUCGACAAGACAGUGUGUAAGAAGAACCUGGGACGUCUCACACGUCUCUAUCUAAAGGCAGAGCAAGAGAGGCAACACAACUAUCUAAAGGAUGGUCCGUAUAUCUCGGCAGAAGAGGCCGUAGCUAUCUACACAACCACCGUCCACUGGCUUGAGAGCCGUCGCUUCUCGCCAAUCCCCUUCCCCCCUCUCUCUUACAAGCAUGAUACCAAGCUACUGAUCCUUGCCCUUGAAAGGCUAAAGGAGGCAUACAGCGUCAAGAGUCGACUGAACCAGUCGCAGCGUGAGGAGCUUGGACUGAUUGAACAAGCUUAUGAUAACCCUCAUGAGGCUCUCAGUAGAAUCAAGCGUCACUUGCUCACCCAGAGAGCAUUUAAGGAGGUUGGUAUUGAGUUCAUGGACUUGUACAGCCACCUUAUUCCUGUGUACGACGUGGAGCCUCUAGAGAAGAUCACUGAUGCCUACCUUGAUCAGUACUUAUGGUACGAGGCUGACAAACGGCGCCUCUUCCCACCAUGGAUCAAGCCUGCGGACACAGAGCCUCCGCCCCUGCUUGUAUACAAGUGGUGCCAAGGCAUCAACAACUUGCAGGAUGUGUGGGAGACUGCAGAAGGAGAGUGUAACGUGAUGAUGGAGAGCAAGUUUGAGAAACUAUACGAGAAGAUUGACUUGACUCUACUUAACAGACUGUUGAGACUCAUUGUGGAUCACAACAUUGCUGAUUACAUGACUGCCAAGAACAAUGUUGUCAUAAACUACAAGGAUAUGAACCACACAAACUCCUACGGAAUCAUCCGUGGCUUGCAGUUUGCUUCAUUCGUUGUCCAGUACUACGGCCUGGUGCUUGACUUGCUCGUGCUUGGCCUUCAGCGUGCAAGUGAGAUGGCAGGACCACCACAGGUACCCAACGACUUCUUGACCUUUCAGGAUGUGGAGACAGAGGGGCGGCAUCCUAUCAGGCUCUACUCCAGAUACAUCGACAGGAUCCACAUCUUUUUCAGGUUCUCUGCCGAGGAUGCACGAGACCUGAUCCAGCGCUACCUGACAGAGCACCCUGACCCCAACAAUGAAAACAUCGUGGGCUACAACAACAAGAAAUGCUGGCCACGUGACGCACGCAUGCGGCUAAUGAAGCAUGACGUCAACCUGGGUCGUGCUGUAUUCUGGGAUAUCAAGAACCGGCUGCCUCGCUCCAUUAGCACAUUGCAGUGGGAAAAUAGUUUUGUGUCUGUGUACAGCAAGGAUAACCCCAACUUGUUAUUCAACAUGUGUGGCUUUGAGAGCAGGAUUCUGCCCAAGUGUCGGACAACCUUUGAGGAGUUCACUCACAGAGAUGGUGUGUGGAACCUCCAGAAUGAGGUGACGAAAGAGCGAACAGCGCAGUGCUUCCUUCGUGUAGAUGACGAGUCCCAAUCACGCUUCCAUAACCGCGUCCGUCAGAUUCUUAUGGCGUCUGGCUCCACCACCUUCACCAAGAUUGUGAACAAGUGGAACACGGCACUCAUUGGGCUCACUACUUAUUUCAGAGAAGCUGUGGUCAACACCCAGGAGUUACUGGACUUGCUGGUCAAGUGUGAGAAUAAGAUCCAAACUCGUAUCAAGAUUGGUCUUAACUCCAAGAUGCCUAGCCGUUUCCCACCUGUGGUGUUCUACACGCCUAAAGAGCUUGGUGGACUUGGCAUGCUCUCAAUGGGCCACGUGCUCAUACCACAGUCUGAUCUAAGGUGGUCGCAACAGACAGAUGCUGGGAUUACUCACUUCCGGUCUGGAAUGAGCCAUGACGAGGACCAGCUUAUUCCAAAUUUGUACAGGUACAUCCAACCAUGGGAGUCAGAGUUCAUUGAUUCCCAGCGUGUUUGGGCUGAGUAUGCUCUGAAAAGACAGGAGGCAAAUGCACAGAACAGACGCUUGACGCUAGAAGACUUGGAGGACUCAUGGGACCGGGGGAUCCCCCGGAUCAACACGCUCUUCCAGAAGGAUAGACACACGCUUGCCUAUGACAAAGGAUGGCGUGUUAGAACUGACUUCAAACAGUAUCAAGUUCUCAAGCAGAAUCCGUUCUGGUGGACACACCAGCGUCAUGAUGGCAAGUUAUGGAACCUGAACAACUACCGCACAGACAUGAUCCAGGCCCUAGGUGGGGUCGAAGGCAUCCUGGAGCACACCCUUUUCAAGGGUACCUACUUCCCUACCUGGGAAGGUCUUUUCUGGGAGAAAGCCAGUGGUUUUGAGGAGAGCAUGAAGUACAAGAAACUAACAAACGCGCAGAGGUCUGGAUUGAACCAGAUCCCUAACAGAAGGUUCACGUUGUGGUGGUCGCCUACCAUCAACAGGGCUAAUGUUUAUGUGGGUUUCCAGGUGCAGCUCGACCUCACUGGUAUCUUCAUGCACGGCAAGAUCCCCACCCUCAAGAUCUCACUGAUUCAGAUCUUCCGAGCCCAUCUGUGGCAAAAGGUGCAUGAGAGCGUCGUCAUGGACUUGUGUCAGGUAUUUGAUCAGGAGCUUGAUGCCCUGGAGAUUGAGACAGUGCAAAAGGAGACAAUUCACCCGCGUAAAUCAUACAAGAUGAACAGCUCCUGUGCUGAUAUCCUGCUCUUCGCUGCGUACAAGUGGAACAUCUUCAAGCCAUCGCUACUUGCCGACACAAACGACACAAUGGACGGCACAGUGACGCAGAAGUACUGGGUUGAUGUGCAGCUGCGAUGGGGUGACUACGACUCGCACGACAUCGAGAGAUACGCUCGCGCCAAGUUCCUUGACUACACCACGGACAACAUGAGUAUCUACCCCUCCCCCACGGGGCUGCUUGUUGCCAUUGACCUCGCCUACAAUCUGCACAGUGCAUUUGGUAACUGGUUCCCUGGCAUCAAACCCCUGAUCCAGCAGGCUAUGGCAAAGAUAAUGAAGGCCAACCCUGCGCUCUAUGUGCUUAGGGAGCGUAUUCGUAAAGCGCUUCAGCUGUACUCCAGUGAGCCCACUGAGCCAUACUUGUCCUCGCAGAACUACGGAGAGCUCUUCUCAAACCAGAUCAUCUGGUUUGUGGACGACACAAAUGUCUACAGGGUUACAAUUCACAAGACGUUCGAAGGUAACUUGACGACAAAGCCUAUCAACGGCGCGAUCUUCAUCUUCAACCCUCGCACAGGGCAGCUCUUCCUUAAGAUCAUCCACACUUCCGUGUGGGCCGGACAGAAACGUCUCGGACAGUUGGCCAAGUGGAAGACUGCUGAGGAAGUGGCAGCAUUGAUUCGAUCGCUUCCGGUGGAAGAGCAGCCCAAGCAAAUCAUCGUCACGCGCAAAGGCAUGUUGGACCCCCUAGAGGUCCAUUUGCUCGAUUUCCCCAACAUCGUCAUCAAGGGUAGUGAGCUACAGCUACCAUUCCAAGCUUGUCUCAAGGUGGAGAAGCUGGGUGACAUGAUCCUGAAGGCCACGGAGCCCCAAAUGGUGUUGUUCAACCUCUAUGAUGACUGGCUGAAGACCAUCUCUUCCUACACUGCCUUCUCUCGUCUCAUCCUCAUCCUCCGCGCCUUGCACGUCAAUGCGGAUAGAACCAAGGUGAUCCUCAAGCCAGACAAGACGAUCAUCACAGAGCCGCAUCACAUCUGGCCUUCACUCAGUGAUGAAGAGUGGGUCACAGUGGAGGUGCAGCUUAAGGAUCUAAUCCUCGCGGACUACGGCAAGAAGAACAACGUCAACGUGGCGUCCCUGACUCAGUCCGAGAUCCGAGACAUCAUCCUGGGAAUGGAAAUUAGCGCACCCUCUCAGCAGCGUCAGCAGAUUGCGGAGAUCGAGAAACAGACCAAGGAACAGUCACAGCUGACGGCCACCACCACACGUACCACGAACAUACACGGAGACGAGAUCAUCGUGUCAACUACAAGUAACUACGAGACACAGACCUUCUCGUCCAAGACGGAGUGGCGUGUACGUGCCAUCUCGGCCACCAACCUCCAUCUUCGCACCAAUCACAUCUACGUGUCUUCAGACGACAUCAAGGAGACAGGCUUCACUUACAUCCUGCCCAAGAACGUGCUCAAGAAGUUCAUCGUCAUCUCCGAUCUACGCACCCAGAUCUCAGGAUACCUGUAUGGAGUCAGCCCACCCGACAACCCUCAAGUGAAGGAGAUCCGCUGCAUUGUCAUGGUGCCGCAAUGGGGAACUCACCAGACCGUUCACCUUCCCAACAUGUUACCCCAACACGACUACCUCAAGGAAAUGGAGCCUUUAGGCUGGAUUCACACGCAGCCCAACGAGUUGCCUCAACUGGCGCCACAAGACGUGACCACACACGCCAAGAUCAUGGCGGACAACCCGUCAUGGGACGGCGAGAAAACUGUCAUCAUCACGUGCAGUUUCACACCCGGAUCAUGCUCGCUCACCGCCUACAAGCUCACUCCUUCUGGAUACGACUGGGGGCGUAACAACAAGGACACGGGCAACAACCCUCGCGGGUACCUACCCUCGCACUACGAGCGCGUCCAGAUGCUGUUAUCAGAUCGCUUCUUGGGAUUCUUCAUGGUUCCGGCACAGGGUUCUUGGAACUAUAAUUUCAUGGGCGUGCGACACUCCGCUAACAUGCGGUACGAAUUGCAACUAUCGAACCCAAAGGACUUCUAUCACGAGGUCCAUCGGCCCUCGCACUUCCUUAAUUUCAGCACCAUGGAGGACAGCGAGCUGAUCGGCGCAGACAGAGAGGACAUGUUUGGUUAAGAAAGACAGAAAGGGGAUGUAUGGUUAGAGAGAACAGAAAUGACAUGUUUGGUUAAGAAGAACAGAAAGGGGAUGUACGGUUAGGCAGAACAGAGAGGGCAUGUUUGGUUAAGAAAGACAGAAAGGGGAUGUAUGGUUAGGAAGAACAUAGAGGACAAAGACAGAAAUACAAAGACAGAAAUAAAGAAAGGGGAUGUAUGGUUAGACAGAACAGAGAGGACAUGUUUGGUUAGGGUUUGGUUAUUGGUACCCUGGCUUGCUCGUUAUUAGACCCCGACUGUUGUGACUGGGUAUCUCUUGUGAAUAUAAGUGGAAUCCAGGCAACGCUUCUACACAUAUAAAUCGCACACAGCUCAGUGUAGAGAGAUUCAAGUGAAAAUACGUUGUUUUUGACUUCAUAUUUUUUUAGGGCACAUUUUUUUGCACUAGGAAAGUUGUGAUACUCACCACUCUUCAAUAGUAAGCCUGAAUAAUAGUGUCCUAAUGGAACAGCUAUGUGGCUGUGUUUCUUGCUUUGUUCUAGCAUGUGAUCCAGUCAACAUAGCUUUUUAGAAUAGGCAAUAGCCAACAACUGUUGGAGAGUCUAAGUUAUUUUUUUGUACAGAUUACGAACAAUCUAAGCUUAAUGUCUGCCUAACUAAGUAAUCUAAAGAAACUUUACUUGUAAUAUCCAGUUGUGCCGAAGUUUCUAUUAAAUGUUUUUCUGAACAAAA